GGCUCAGAGCUCUGCUGCUCUGUGCCAGUCUCAGUCUCUGUCUGUCUCUCAGGACUUUGUCCUCUAGUUGGAGACACACGGGGACAUCGCCACAGCUGGAAGUAUGCAUGCGUGUCUCCGGCGGGCCUCCGUGUGUGUGCCGGGUCGGACUGUGAAGGUUGGCAGCAGUGAGACAUUAAUCUGAAGGAGAUGGAUAAGGAGACACCUCUCCACCUGUCAGCCACGGCAGAUCCCAGCAUCCCCUGCAGAGACUGAAGGAGCCAGUGGGAUCUUCAGUGUGUGUGAGAAGUGAGGCCUGCGUCGAGCGUCCUCGGUUCGUGACCCCCGCGGCGGAGGAAUGGCGUUCCUGGACAAUCCUGCCAUCAUCCUGGCCCACAUCAGGCAGUCUCACGUGACCAGCGACGACACGGGGAUGUGCGAGAUGGUGCUGAUCGAUCAGGAUGUGGACCUGGAGAAGUGCCAGCUGGCUCUGGUGCCCGGGGGCAGCUGUGGACUCAGCGCCUCGUCCUCCCUGAGCGAGGGCGGCGGUGGCGGCAGUGGCGGCCUCACGGACAAUCACGCCUGCGACCUCUCUCAGUCCAUGGACAUCACGUCCAGCUGGGACUUCGGCAUCCGGCGACGCUCCAACACAGGACUCCAACAGGAUAGCUGUGAGAACCCUGGAGCUGCUGCACAAAGACUUGAGAGACUAAGAAAGGAGCGGCAGAACCAGAUCAAGUGUAAAAACAUCCAGUGGAAGGAGAGGUCGUCCUCCCAGUCAGUGGAGGAUUUAGGCACGCUCUUCGAAAAGCGGGACUUCAAAGACAAGCUGCGGACGACGGGGACCAAGUCCACCUUGUCCCUGCGUCUGGAGCAGUGUCCCCAGCAGCUCAACAACCCCUUCAACGAGUACUCCAAGUUCGAUGGCAAAGGCCACAUCGGCACCACGGCGACCAAGAAGAUCGACGUCUACCUCUCCAUGCAGAUGACUCAGGAGAAAGUUCACCCCAUGACCGUGGUGACCAUCGCAAACGCCCGCGUGCACGACCUGAUCGGACUCAUCUGCUGGCAGUACACCAGCGAGGGCCGGGAGCCCAAACUCAAUGAGAAUGUGAACGCGUACUGUCUCCACAUUGCUGAGGACGACGGCGAGGUGGACACCGACUUCCCCCCGCUGGACUCCAAUGAGCCCAUCCACAAGUUCGGCUUCAGCACCCUGGCCCUGGUGGAGAAGUACUCGUCCCCGGGACUCACGUCCAGACAGUCCCUGUUUGUCCGAAUAAAUGCUGCUCAUGGCUUCUCCCUCAUCCCUGUGGACAGUCUGAAGGUCACCAUGAAAGAAAUCCUCCAGAAAGCACUGAAGAAGAGGAAAGGCUCCCAGAAGGGCUCAGGUCCCAUGUAUCGGCUGGAGAAGCAGACGGAGCCCAACGUGGCGGUGGACCUGGACUCCACGCUGGAGAGCCAGAGCACGCUGGAGUUCUGCCUCGUCCGGGAAAACAGCUCCAGAGGGGAGGAGAGCUCAGAGGAAGACCCCCCCAUCGACAUCACCACGGUGCAGGACAUGCUGAGCAGCCACCACUACAAGUCCUUCAAGAUCAGCAUGAUCCACAAGCUGCGCUUCACCACCGACGUCCAGCUGGGUAUCUCUGGUGAGAAGGUGGAGAUCGACCCCGUCACCAACCAGAAGGCCAGCACCAAGUUCUGGAUCCGGCAGAAGCCCAUCUCCAUCGACUCGGACCACCUGUGUGCCUGUGACCUGGUGGAGGAGCGAAGCCCCAGUCACGCCAUUUUUAAACUCACCUAUCUCAGCAACCAUGACUACAAGCCGCUGUACUUCGAGUCCGAUGCCACCACUGUUAAUGAAAUCGUGCUGAAGGUGAACUACAUCCUGGAGUCUCGGGCCAGCACCUCCAGAGCCGACUACUUCGCUCAGAAGCAAAGGAAACUGAGCCGGAGGACCAGCUUCAGCUUCCAGAAGGACAAGAAGAGUGGCCAGUAGAGCCAAGCGGUGCAGGACCGAACGGAGGGCCCGGUCCUGCAGGACCCCGGGGGUCCGCGUCCCGAACCGCAGCCCCCAUCAGGACCCAGAGACGGUUUUCAUGUACUGUACAGAGACGUUUUGUAUCCAGCGAACGGCGAUAAUGUAGACAUGACGAACACCUCUGCCUUGGAUGGCCCGCACCCCCCACCCCGUCUGAAGCCCAGCAGCCCCCUGCUGCUCUCAUCCGCCGGCAGACGAGUGUGCUCCUUUUUAUUCUGGAGGGUUUGAGAGGAUUCAAGAGGAAUCUGCUCCAUCAGCCUUAAAGAGACAAUAAAGACGAGUGGUCAAAAGA